AUGGACGCGAUGCACAUGCAGCAACAGAUGCUGGAGAAGCAGCUACUCAAAGCGGCAGAAAUGAUGGAGGAGCAGAUCGACUCCGAAAUGAAGAAGAUGGACGAGCUCGACGACGACGACAUUGAAUCGCUCAGACAGAAGCGACUCAAGGCCAUGCAGAGGGCACAUGCGGCGAAGCAAGAGUUCAUCGCCAAAGGUCACGGAGGAUACGACGAGCUUCCCUCAGAAAAAGACUUUUUCGACAAGAUUAAAAACUGCAAACGCGCUGUCGUGCAUUUCUACCGGCCAACAACUCUCCGCUGCGAGAUAUUCGAUAAGCACCUGGCACUGCUGGCGCCGAAGCACGUUGAAACGCGAUUUGUGAAGCUCAAUGCCGAGAAGUGCCCCUUUUUGUGCGAGAGACUCAACAUCCGCGUCAUUCCAACUCUCCUGCUCAUCGUUGACGGCAAAACACAGGAAAAAGUGGUCGGCUUUGAUCAAUUAGGCGGUCACGACAAUUUCAGCACGGAGAUGCUAGAAUGGCGCCUCGGCGUUUCUAAAGCGAUUAACUACCGUGGCGACAUAUCCCAGCCACCAGAGGACAACGCGCCCGUAAAGAAGAAAAUCCUCGGCCGACGAAUUCGCUCCAACGAUGAUCCAGACACUGACGAAGAAUUAUUCGGCGACGAUAAUUAA